CUUGGAUUCAAGUCCUGAAGAUGCGGGACGCAGCCAUGGAGCCGUAGUGCAGUGCAAGCAUUGUCCGAGGACAUGGCUGCCAUGGAGAUCUUACGGCCAGAAGGGCCAGCCUCCAUGAGCCACCUCUACUUCCCGCCGCGGGGCAUGCCCAGACCAACCUUGACGCAGGUUCUGAGUGAGCCGGACUUGCGGAAAGAGUUCUUCCAGCAUGAGUUGACGGGUGACCGCCUUCAACACCGCCGGGAGUGGAUGGAGCUCAUGAACGAUCUGGACAAGCAGGUUGCGCAACGGAAGCAAGACCAGAAGAGGAGGGUCGAGACAGAGGUGGCGCUGAUCCGAGCUCGCCAAGCGCAUCAACGCUCUGAGCAAGCAGUCAGCUUGCAGUCCGAGAAGCCAGCCUGGAACUAUCCCGAGCCCAUGGAGUACUUCGAGCGCCCAACGCCUCGCCUGAUGGAAGCGUCCAACACCUUCACGAAGAACAACAUGCUCAUGGGCAUCUUCGACACUCCGCACGACAAGCCAGCACACUGGGAGUUCGAUGCCUAUCCUGGCUGGGCGCCUUUCAUACAUUGCGCCAGCUUGGCGAAGGAUGCGCGGGUGAAGCCGCUGGCUCCGAAGGAGAAGAUGUACCAAGAGCGCCUGGAGCGGAAGCUGAAGAGAGCCAAGGCCUUGGAGCGCCAGGACGCGCUCCGGAAGACAGAUGGAGCAAUGAAGAAGAAGGCAUUGGAGGAGAACGCGGACGAGUUCUCGUGCCUCAAGCGGGAGAAGCCUGCUUGGGCAGACCAAGCAGUCUACACCCACGAGUUCUUCUCCAAGCCUGAGAAGCCCAAACAUGCGGACUACUACGAGACCGGCAUUGACAAACAUGUCCAGCAGCCAGAAAGGGCGAUGAGCUUCGCCCGGGACAUCAUCGCCGGCGAGGGCGGGCGGAAGAGCUUUUGGAAGGAGCCAUCCGGAGGUGCUGUGAAGGGCAGAGCAAUUCGCGCGCUCCGCGCGAAGGCUCUGCUUUGCCCUCGCGGCUGCUCAGGGAUGCAAGAGGACUUGGCACGAGCUGCAGCCAGAGAGGAGAUGCGCAAGACCAAGAGCCCAGCCUUCCCAUGCGGCUGGCUUUGGCUUGCACACCGAACCUGAAGCAGAGCUGAUUUUUCCGUUGCAAGGGGCGCUCGGCCAAGUCUCAGUGAGUUAACACUAGCCACUGACAUGAAAGCGGUACCACGGGGUUUGGGGCCAUGAGGCCUAUAUAAACCUUUGCGGAUGAACCGGGGCGCUCAUUUCUGUUUCACUUGCUGGCGAAGCCACGCGUUUCCUUCUGCUUCGCCUUUUAAAGGCGGCGGAAGUAAGGAGGUUUGAGAGGACCUAAAGCAGAGGGCAGAGUGCGCCACUGAGGUCCUUUUAGGAAAACGUUGC